AUGCCACGAGCAGGAAACAAAGCACGAGGUUUAAAUCAGCACAACACCCGCCAUGAGAACGGCGUCGUCGCCCCGGGCAAGAGAAUAGCAAAGCAGAAGUCGAAUGGUCAUCUCAAUGGGAGCGCCGAUGGGACCUCUCAUUCAAAGCCUCUGCCGACUUCACCCUCUUCUGCUGCUCGCACGACAACGCGGCUGCCUGACACAAGGACGAACGAUGAGUCCUCAAAUACACAAGGUGGUUAUCAACACGCGGAAGAGAAGGGGCCAAUAGAGAGUUUGCCCGAGGCUUCAGAGAGACAGUCAAGUGAAAUGAAUUGUACCAACGGCUCCGUCGAGCACGCACAUCGCAAGAUCGAUGUGAAUGCCGCAAAGAAUCCUAUGGUCCACGAUCAUAGCAUAUGGCACCUCGCUCUCACAAUUCUUAGAUCUUGUCCACUUGGCGACACCCUUGCGAUCCUCAUCUUCCUUCUCUCGCUGCCUCCAACAAUGUUGACUGUCACCAAUGCUCUGUUUGCCGUGCUGACCUUCAUCACUCCCACUGGCUCGUCAUCUUUACCAACCAGCUUCGGCGAUAUCUUCCAAGGGUCAGGAGGCACUCCUUCGUUGGCCACAAUCAUUGUGACGGAUGUUUUCGGCUUGUUUCUAUGGUUGGUCAUAUGGGCACCAAUGCAAACGCUUUGCAUCGAAUUGGCACAAGCCGUGGUAGCGACACAGUUAGGGGGCGGCAACGCCAGUAAGAAGAAGGGCUCGGAUCGGACUCUGCUCUGCAUGGGCAUAGUAACAGCUAGUCACAUGGCCCGUCAUCAAUGGAUACCAAAACGACUAUUCGGCUACGACUGGUCCGCUAUCCUAUCUUCCAUACCCUAUGCAUCGAAAAGUCCCACGUUAUUCUCUACGAAUGAUUUCAUACCAACACGUUCGCCAGCUGGCUGGUUUCGUAUUCUGAUUGCGCUUCACGUAUUAAUUCAAGGGUUGGUCCACAUUGCCAGGAGAUGGAUCCAGAAGCGAGAAUACUCUCAGCCAGUCUCUGCCAACAACAAAAUGGACCCGGAGGCAAGAGCGGGCUCCCCAGUCCGUCCCACCGUCAUAGCCUCUGCCGAGCCAAGUACUCAGGGUGUUUCCGUUGCUCCUGAUUCCGUGGCGAAAAUUCCAUCGGCGAGCACAAAAGAAGCACGAGACAAAAUCUCAAGCGGCAAAAAGAAGCGAAAGCAGGGCACCUAUGUCCGAAGUCAGCAACCUCUGUGGGCCGCAUUCGCUCACACUAAGAUUACAAUAUUGCGCGAGUACGAGCAGUCACAUACCCAUUCAGAAGUCUCAGGGGCCAAUGCUAUCGAUACAAGAAACCUUGGGAGUGCUCCAUUUGUUUCCGAGGACGGUUGUGUUUGGAUAUCGGAUGUGCUGCCCACCAGCUUUCGCUUCAACGCAAGCUCCUUCACAAUGCCGAGGUCGGGUGUUCCUGGUCCCGAAAAACUAAUUAUCAACUCCAGUGCUGGCAUUGAUCGUUCGAAACCCCUCUAUGUGCGCAUUAAUGACACUGAUUGGACAUCGACGACAUUCGAGGCGACUGCAACGGACGAGAGCGCAGAUGGCCAGUGGACUGGCGAAGUCUUCGGACUUUCGCCGUCUUCCAGCUACAAGUGCAGCUUCGUCCAGAGCGAGGAUGGUGCGGUAGUCCAUUCUGUAAUAGUCACCACACCACCCUCGCUCCCUGCCGAGAACGAUUCUUACGUAUCGUCAGCCCUCCCUGCCCAUCGACCACACCGCCCAUCGUCGCCUACAAGUCCCACGACGACCUUGAAGAACUCAAUUGCAGCGUUCGAGUCGAGUCUUAGCGAAGCUCAAGCUCGCCAGAAAAGGAGUAAAAAGGAUAAUAAGACAGCGUCUGCGUCCCUCAAGAAAGAUAUCGAAGUUUUCAGUGCUAAAAUUUCCAAACUCGGAGGCGAGGACAAGGCUCAUCUGAAUCGUCACUUGCAGUGGAACCAGCAUACCCGGCAAGCGGAUGAAGCAGUCGCGUCCCUCUCAUGGGAAAUUGAAUCAAUGGGCUGCCUUCCGGAAGAUGAGAUCAGAGUAUCCAAAGAAAGGAAAGCCGGCUGGGACGAGGCAAGGACGCAUCAAACGGCUACGAGAGACGACCUCUUCCGUUGCAAAGAAUCUGCGCAUCAAGUGAAGUCUUCUAUCCAUGCUGAAGCUACUUCGACACAGCAGAAAAAGGAGCGCUUGGUUGCACGAAAGUCCAAACUCAAUGAUCAACACGACAGACUUGAGUCAGCUACCAGCCAGGGUCUCGACGAAAGGCAGCGCAAGAACUCUGAGCAAGCUGCAAAAGAUGUGGAGCGCCUUCAGAUCGAGCACAGGUCCGUCGAUCAAAUGGCGCACUGCCGACAAACCAUACAAGAUAGUCGACAUGUGACUCAGCAAAUCUGGCACCAAGCCCAAACAGUUGAAAGCGCAUUUCAUGAGCAGCAAAUGAUGAGCACUCCGGACGAAGAACGUCCAAUCACACCCGAAGGUGACCUUCCUGGUACCGUACCUCAUCAUAGCGGUGCACCAGCGUUCCGCUUCCCAGCCUUUGGCUCUCCAGAUCCACCCAACGGCAUCCGCAGCCAUUCGGGCUCUUUCCGACACAGCGACAAUCGACCGCGCUCAACUUCCAUGCUUUCCGGCAACAGUGUUUAUGCUGACUUUGAAGACCAAGAUCCAGCACCACCGAUGCCGCCCAGAGCCGUAGAAGUGAUUAGAGAGAGGGGUAGGAAACAGAGUGGAGGCAGUGGCAGUGGUAGUUCUGGUAGUCAGCGUGAUCCAGCGAGUCCGAUCGUGGGUAGUGCUGCACUGCUGAGUCCGGGCAAGAGAAGUCCAGUAUGGAAUCAUUGA